AUGAGAGAUAUCAAAGCAAUCAUGAAACAUUCACGCUUAACAGUUGAUCAAUUCAUUACUCUUCUCAAGCAAUCACAUUCAACUAUUAACGCAAGAAAAUUAUAUACAUGUACACGAAAAGCAAAUAUUACUAUCAAAAACUUCGAAGAAGUCGUUAAAAUUCUGAAAUCUGUCAAAAGAUACAUGAAAUUCAGUAUAUUUGAUGGUAUUAUUGAUUUUUUAAAGCAUAAUGAGAAAGGAAUAAACUAUUCUACGAACGAAACAGAAAUUGUUCAAGGUAGGCCCAAAGCAUUUCAAAAUGAGAAUGAAAAUGCGACCAAAGAUACGACUAUCAAUGAAACUGUUGAUAAUUACAAUCUUUCUCGAGAUAUUUUAACUAGAAUCACAGAACUUAAGGAAUCUAGUGAGUUUGAAACUGUUUACAAAUUCCUUGAUGAAAUUUCAUCGAAAGCAAACCAUGAAAUGAUUUUAAAAUCAUGCAAAGAAGGACUAUGGAAAAAGAUUACUACCAUAAAAUCUGUAUUUAAUCCUCAGAAGAAUGUUCUUCAUUUUGCAAUUGAAACAGGAAAUCUCAGACUUGUUCAAUUACUCAUCGAAUGUGGUUGUGAUAAAGAAAUGAGGGAUUAUUGUGGACAUACUCCACUCAUUAAGGCAUCAAAAAAUGGUCGGCUGGAAAUUGUUAAAUAUCUUGUCUCGGUUGGUGCUAAUAAAGAAGCAAAGGAUAUUGAUGGAUUUACUCCACUCAUUUGGGCAUCAGAAAAUGGUAAACUUGACGUUGUUCAAUAUCUUAUCUCAGUUGGAGCUAAUAUAGAAGCAGAGGAUCAUUAUGGAAAAACUGCACUCAUUCGGGCAUCAUGGUAUAAUAAACUUGACGUUGUUAAAUAUCUUAUCUCAGUUGGAGCUAAUAAAGAAGCAAAGGAUAAUCUUGAUAAAUAUACUCCACUCAUUUAUCCAUCAGCUAAUGGUUAUCUUGAUGUUGUAAAAUAUCUUGUCUCAGUUGGAGCUGAUAAAGAAGCAAAGGAUUGUGUAGGAUUUACUCCACUCAUUUGGGCAUCAAAAAAUGGUCGGCUGGAAAUUGUUAAAUAUCUUGUCUCAGUUGGUGCUAAUAAAGAAGCAAAGGAUAAUCAUGGAUAUACUCCACUCAUUUGGGCAUCAAAAAAUGGUAAACUUGACGUUGUUAAAUAUCUUAUAUCAGCUGGAGCUAAUAAAGAAGCAAAGGAUAAUAACGGAUCCACUGCACUGAUGGUUGCAACUGGUAAAGUGGGAGAUUACUUAAAAACUAUUUGUGCCAAUUAA